UGAUGUUGGCACCUCUGACUAAAUAAUUGCAAAAAAUUUAUAGGUUAUGAGAGACGACAUACCCCGACAACUUGUUCCUCUGUUUAUAUUCCUCCCGUCAAUUAACGUAAUCAAUGAUUUUCUAUCUUACCUGGUGCUGCAUAUCCGCACUUUGUUACUGCAUAUUGGAGAGGUGUGACGAGGAGUUUCGUCUGUCUAAAGACAGAAAGAAUCGGGAGUAAACUCAUCCUCAUUUUCCUUCGGCCACUUCACACCUUCUAGAGACUAUUUAUAUUUAUACCUAGGGAGUUCUAGGAAUUUUGGGAAAUGAAUCAUAAAAACUUGUGCGACAUGUGCACUCCAUUCAUCACCACAAAAACAUAAAUAAACUUGUUGUUUGGCUUUUGUUGUUUUCGAAGUUUAAAAAUGAUUUCGCUUUCUAAUAGCGACUGGGAGAAGAGUGAAGUGGGUGAUAGCCUUAGUAAGCAAUUAUUCACGAAGACAAAUUCUCAAAAGAAGAGGAAGAAUCGUGACAAGAAGAAGCUCAAAAACUCUAAAUCCCCUCAACAGAACACAGCCCCCACUGACCCAGCCAAAGACCAAAUACUCUCUCUGAAAAAAAAUCUCCAAGUCAUAAACCAGAAGACGUUGAACUCCAAAAUCGACAAGAAUGUUCACUCCACGAAGAAGUCUACCAAGAAGAAUCCUGCAGAAUCCAAAAAGCAAGCAACGACGAAUAAACAAUUCUUCAAAUCCCUGAAGCAAAAAUCAUUGUCCUCGAACCCCAACGAACGCCCAAAAUCCAAGAAACCAAAAUUUUCUCCUGAAAAAAAUUCUCAGAGCUCCCAAAACCCAUCAAAAUCUCCUAAAAAGCUAAAGCCAAAGUCGAAGAAGAAUAAACGAAAUGCUGACGAACGAAAUGAGCAGAGGAGCAUCUCGAAACCGAAUUUGAGUAAAAAGUUGAAGCCUGAGAAUAAACAAGAAUCAAAACGAAAGAUCGUUAGAUUAAAUCUCAGUGGGAAAACAAAAAUAAAUGUCACCAAAUUGGCACAUCUGUUGGAGGUGAAGAAUAAAGGAGUGGUGGAAAAACCCCAGAGCCUGAGGGAGAGAAUGGUCGCCCAGUUGAGGGCAUCAAGAUUCAGAUAUCUGAAUGAAGAGCUCUACAAGAAUGAUUCGACAGUUUCAAAGCAGAUGUUCAAGGAGGAUCCAGAGGCUUUCAAGGCUUAUCACGAUGGGUACCAGCGGCAGGUAAACCAGUGGCCUGUGAAUCCACUCGAUGUCAUCAUUACUGCAGUAAAAAAAAUGCCUAAAGAUUGGAUAAUUGCUGAUUUUGGAUGUGGAGAGGCCAGAUUAGCAGCUUCUGUCAGUCAAAAGGUCCAUUCCAUUGAUCUCGUAGCGCUGAAUGAUAGAGUCACAGCUUGUGACAUGGCUCACACUCCUCUUCUGAUCGGUGGAGUCAAUGUUGUAGUAUUUUGUUUGUCUCUAAUGGGUACUAAUCUCAAUGAUUAUCUUCGAGAGGCGAAUCGAGUGUUGAAAAAAGAGGGAAUUUUGAAAAUUGCAGAGGUCGAGAGUCGAUUCGACAAUAUCGAGGAGUUUAUAAAUCUACUAGCCAGCUUUGGAUUCAAAAAUACCUGGAAGGACUUGUCCCACAAUUUAUUUUACUUUAUGGACUUCAAAAAAAUUUCCGAAGUCACCAUGAAAAAUCAGAAACUGCCACAAUUAACUUUAAAACCUUGUUUAUACAAAAAAAGAUAAUUGAAUGCAAAAAAAAUAAAAGAGAAGUCAAUUUCAA